GGUCAGGGCAGGCGCGGGGGAGGGUCGGCGCCUGAGUCGGCGGUGCCGGGAACAGGCGCUCGGGGCAGCCCGCGCCUCGCUGAGGUCCCCGCCCCGUCCCGGCCGGGCCGGCUAGCCUGUCAGUCACUGGGGCGGAGGCAGCGGCGGUAGCGGGGCCGGAGCCGGGCGGUGAGAAGAGUGAGGGCCGGGCCCAGCGGAGGGGAUCUGCCACCGCCCCUCAACAUUACGGACUCUUCGCCCCAGAGUGUCGAUGCUGCACCUCCGCGCUUCGUUGGAACGCCUUCCGUAACCCGCCAAGGGCUCUCUCUCUCUCGUGACCUCCCACCCCAGUGACCUCCUCGUAGGACCCGGGAGCGCACUCCGACGAGGGUGUUGUGGGUACAGGCCAUCGACCCUGUGACCUCUCACGGGCUGGGGCUCGGUUUCCCCCACAGGCCUCCCUCCCCUAUGACUUCCUCCUCGUAGAUUCUGGAAACAGAGUCGUGACCUACCACUGGGACCCCCGCCUGAGAACUCCUCCCUGAGGGCUCCCCCUCGGCACCCCACUCAGUGGAUCUCCUCCUAAGACCACCCCUUUUGGUUUCUGGCCAGCCCCCUCCCCCCCAGUCGAGGUGGGGAGGCCUCGGCAGCCAUGCCCAUCCUGGGUCCCCUGUCACCACACCACUCCCUGGGCCCUCAAGCCGGGGUCUAGCCAGGGGGCCGGCAGCCAAGGGGCUGGGGCAGGAGUCAGGUCAGGGUCCCCCUCCCUGCUGGGGAGGAGCCGAGAUGGACCGGCGGGAGGAGCAGCCGGGGGCUGCAGGGGCUGGAGCAGCACCAGCCUUGGACUUCACUGUGGAGAACGUGGAGAAGGAUCCAGGGUGGCCAGCACCUGCUCAAUCCUGUGCUGUCCUGCAGGCGCUGCACCAGCUCUACUACGACCCCAACAUUGAGAACAAGAACCUGGCUCAGAAGUGGCUGAUGCAGGCCCAGGUCUCCCCACAGGCCUGGCACUUCAGCUGGCAGUUACUACAGCCUGACAAGGUGCCUGAGAUCCAGUACUUUGGGGCCAGUGCCCUGCACAUCAAGAUCUCUCGCUACUGGAGUGACAUCCCCACUGACCAAUAUGAAAGUCUGAAGGCGCAGCUCUUCACUCAGAUCACUCGCUUUGCCAGUGGUUCCAAGAUUGUGCUGACUCGGCUGUGUGUGGCGCUGGCCUCGUUAGCUCUCAGCAUGAUGCCUGACGCUUGGCCAUGUGCUGUGGCAGAUAUGGUACGACUCUUCCAGGCUGAAGACUCACCGGUGGAUGGCCAGGGGCGCUGCCUGGCUCUGCUGGAGCUGCUGACAGUGCUGCCUGAGGAAUUUCAGACCAGCCGCCUGCCCCAGUAUCGCAAAGGCCUGGUGCGGGCCAGCCUGGCCGUGGAGUGUGGGGCUGUCUUCCCGUUGCUGGAGCAGCUGCUGCAGCAGCCCAGCUCACCCAGCUGUGUGCGUCAAAAGGUACUCAAGUGCUUUUCCAGCUGGGUGCAGCUGGAGGUGCCGUUGCAGGACUGUGAGGCUCUCAUUCAGGCCGCCUUCGCUGCUCUGCAGGACUCAGAGCUCUUCGACAGCAGUGUGGAGGCCAUUGUCAAUGCCAUCUCACAGCCUGAUGCCCAGAGGUAUGUGAACACACUCCUGAAACUCAUCCCACUGGUGCUGGGACUGCAGGAGCAACUGCGACAGGCAGUGCAGAAUGGGGACAUGGAGACCUCCCAUGGCAUCUGUCGCAUUGCUGUGGCCCUGGGCGAGAACCACUCUCGGGCCUUGCUUGACCAAGUGGAGCACUGGCAGAGCUUCCUGGCCCUUGUCAACAUGAUCAUGUUCUGCACGGGUAUCCCUGGCCACUAUCCUGUCAAUGAGACCACCAGCUCCCUGACACUCACCUUCUGGUAUACACUGCAGGAUGACAUUCUGUCCUUUGAGGCAGAGAAGCAGGCUGUGUACCAGCAAGUGUACAGGCCAGUCUACUUCCAGCUGGUGGAUGUGCUUCUGCACAAGGCCCAGUUCCCUCCUGAUGAGGAAUAUGGAUUCUGGUCCUCAGAUGAGAAGGAGCAGUUCCGAAUUUACAGGGUGGACAUCUCAGACACGCUCAUGUAUGUUUAUGAAAUGCUGGGGGCCGAGCUGCUCAGCAACCUCUAUGACAAGCUGGGCCGUUUGCUCACCAGCUCAGAGGAGCCCUACUCCUGGCAGCACACAGAAGCCCUGCUCUAUGGCUUCCAAUCCAUCGCAGAGACCAUUGAUGUCAACUAUUCUGAUGUGGUGCCUGGGCUCAUUGGCCUCAUCCCACGGAUCAGCAUCAGCAACGUGCAGCUGGCGGAUACCGUCAUGUUCACCAUUGGAGCUCUGUCUGAAUGGCUGGCUGACCACCCCGUCAUGAUCAACAGCGUUCUUCCCCUUGUACUGCACGCCCUAGGCAAUCCUGAGCUCUCUGUCUCUUCUGUGUCCACCCUCAAAAAGAUCUGCCGAGAAUGCAAGUAUGACCUGCCACCCUAUGCUGCCAACAUCGUGGCAGUCUCCCAGGAUGUGCUAAUGAAACAGAUCCACAAGACAAGUCAGUGCAUGUGGCUGAUGCAGGCAUUGGGCUUCCUGCUGUCAGCCCUGCAGGUGGAGGAGAUCCUUAAGAACCUGCACUCGCUCAUCUCGCCCUAUAUCCAGCAGCUGGAGAAGCUGGCAGAGGAGAUACCUAAUCCCUCCAACAAGCUGGCCAUUGUCCACAUCUUGGGGCUUCUCUCCAACCUCUUCACCACGCUGGAUGUCAGUCAUCAUGAGGAUGAUCAUGAAGGCUCUGAGCUCCGGAAGCUGCCAGUGCCGCAGGGACCCAACCCCGUGGUAGUGGUGCUGCAGCAGGUCUUCCAGCUUAUCCAGAAGGUGCUGAGCAAGUGGCUGAAUGAUGCCCAGGUGGUGGAGAUACAUGGAAUCCUCUGGGAAGGCAUUCAGAACUUCCCAGUAUCACAGGAAAUGCUCAACCAAAGGACUAUGAUGUGGCUGAGUGACAGCCAGGGAUCCACUUUCGCAUCAGAGACCUGCCUUUGGUCUCUUUUUAACUCAGGAUUUUGUUGCUGUUGCUGCUCCCUGAGAGGAAAUAGUGGAGAUGCGGUGUGCGCUAUUUUCGAGAAGUCUGUUAAGACGCUAUUGGAUGACUUUGCCCCCAUGGUGCCACAGCUGUGUGAGAUGCUGGGUCGGAUGUACAGCACCAUCCCCCAGGCCUCUGCUCUUGACCUCACUCGACAGCUGGUCCACAUCUUUGCCCACGAGCCUGCCCACUUUCCCCCAAUCGAGGCCCUCUUCCUGCUCGUCACCUCCGUCACACUCACUCUCUUCCAGCAAGGGCCCAGGGAUCAUCCUGAUAUUGUUGAUUCAUUUAUGCAACUCCUGGCACAGGCUCUGAAGCGGAAGCCAGAUUUGUUCCUGUGUGAACGGUUGGAUGUCAAAGCUGUGUUCCAGUGUGCUGUGCUGGCCCUCAAGUUCCCUGAGGCACCUACUGUCAAGGCCUCCUGUGGCUUCUUUACAGAGCUACUGCCUCGAUGUGGGGAAGUAGAACCCGUGGGAAAGGUAGUACAGGAGGAUGGCCGUAUGCUGCUCAUAGCAGUGCUGGAGGCCAUUGGGGGCCAAGCCUCCCGCAGCCUCAUGGACUGCUUUGCCGACAUCCUAUUUGCUCUGAACAAACACUGCUUCAGCCUCCUGAGCAUGUGGAUCAAGGAGGCACUGCAGCCACCUGGUUUUCCCUCUGCCCGCCUCAGCCCUGAACAGAAGGACACCUUCAGCCAGCAGAUCCUUCGCGAGCGAGUGAACAAGAGGCGGGUAAAGGAGAUGGUGAAGGAGUUCACACUGUUGUGCAGGGGACUACAUGGCACAGAUUACACAGCCGACUACUGAGGGGCGUUCCCGUCCCACCCACUCCUCACUCCUCCCUAUCCCCAAAGAGUAAACCUGGACCCUCACUGCA